AUGGGUGGUAUUGGAAAGACAACUCUUGCCAGAGCUGUUUUUGAUGAUGACCAAGUUGUCAACCACUUUCCUGUUCGUGUCUGGAUCACUGUGUCCCAGAACUAUCAAAUUGAAACUGUCUAUGAAGAGCUCUUACUCUCCUUGGAGAAUCAAAUCGAAAAAGGACUUGUGAAUGAUUGUGACACAACGGAACACAAGUUACGCCAAAUCUUGAUGAACAACAAGUACCUGAUUGUGCUGGAUGAUCUAUGGAGUAAAAAAACUAUGGAAGACAUAAGCAAGGUAUUUCCCAAAGAAGAAAAGAGUGAUGGGAGUUGGAUUUUGAUAACCACAAGGAAUGACAAUUUGAUUUUCUAUUCCCAUAAUGCUCACAAGAUGGGUCUCAUGGAUGAGCAUGUAAGUUGGUCUCUUUUGAAGCAAAAGGUGUUUGGUAGCAAAGAUUGUCCAUCUGAGUCGGAGAAGAUCGGAAAGGAUAUUGCCAAAGGUUGCAAGGGGAUGCCCCUUGCAAUUGUUGUAGUUGCUCGUAUAUUGUCUCCACGAGACCAGACUCAAUCCUCGUGGGAGGAAGUUGCACAAAACAUACGUUCACUUAUCGUGGAAGACGCACAGUUUCAAUCUACAAUGUCUUUGAGUUAUGCCGAAUUGUCUCAUCCUUUGAGGUCUUGUUUCUUAUACAUGUGUGGCUUCCAUGAUGAUUAUGAACUUCGAGUCUCCGUGCUUGCUAAGUUAUGGAUGGCUGAAGGAUUUGCUACUACUCAAUAUAACGCUGAACAAUAUGUGAAGGAAAUCGUGAGCAAAAAUUUGGCUUCCACCACAGCCAUCAAGUCCAAUGGUGGAAUCAAAAGUUGCAUUGUCCAUGAUUUGGUACGUGACGUGUUCAAAAUAAAGGCUCUAGAUGAGAAUUAUGAGCGGCGGAUCAGUAUUUCUCAUCUUGAUCUGAGGGAGGUUGCAAGAGUGUAUGCCUCAACCCUGCGUACCAUUAUAAGCUUCCAUCGUAAUGAAAGCUCAUUACGCGGUCUGCGCAAGUUCAAAUUGCUAAGGGUGUUGGAUGUGGUUGAUACAGAUGCAUAUGCACUCCCUACUUCUGUGUUCGACCUCUUCCACUUGAGGUACCUUGCUUUCGGAUGUGCAAUGGAGGUUCCAUCAGCCAUAUCCAAAUUGCAGAAUCUUCGGUCGUUGAUCAUCCGUCCCAACAAGAGAUCAAGGAAAUACAUAUACUCAAGGGAUGAGGUAUAUCUACCAUUAGAGAUCUGGAUGCUGCCACUUUUGACGCAUCUUGUCUCCUUCUUCGAUCUCUUGGCACAUCCAGAAGAAACAACUUCUCCUGCUCUGAAGAUGCUGCUUACACUGUCUGUUGUGAAAAAGCUGAUAUGCAAAGAAGAGAUGAUGAAAUUGAUAUGCAAUGUGAAAAAGCUGGCAAUCACAUAUUUUGGAGACAGAUAUCAACAAGACUAUCAGCUCCACAAUCUUGUGCUUUUGUCUCAGCUUGAGAAACUGACACUAGUUGUGAAGAAAGGUUCUCUUCUUCAGGGAAAAGCUAAGCCUUGA